AUCUUAAGAUCCAGGAGAUACCUGCAGUCAGUGCCAGGAGAACAUCGGGGUGUCUUUGAGAGCAAGGGAGCCCUUCUUAGUUCCUGUGCUUUGCUUCGGGAACUAAGGCCCUGGAAACUCAAGCCACCCCAAGCGAGUGGCUUUUAGAUUCUUGUCUCUUGAAUUCAAAGAAUGAAAUUCAUGGACCCCAGAAGGUCUCUGCUCAACUGCUUAUUCUGGGACAGAAGAUCGUGAAACCCCUUUCGAAGUGCCCACGGAACCCAGAUAGCUGCCCCUUGUCAGUCGGUGAAUCAGAAAGCAGAGUGUUGAAAUCUGGCGGGCUUGGACCCCAGCACUUGGCAGUGCAUAGUGGCUGAGUCACUCUGGAGUAUAAGAAGCCGUCGGUGCUCAGUCCAGAAGGUGAGCACUAGAGACGGAGAGGCUCUCAGUUCUGAACCUGCCAGAAGCAAAGAUGGAGCAAGUUAGCCUGGCCACAAAAACACCCAGCAAUGUCAUCACAUGCAAGGCAGCUGUUGCCUGGACAGCAAAUGCCCCUCUUUCCAUUGAGGAGGUUCAAGUUGAUCCACCAAAGGCUGGCGAGGUUCGAAUUAAGAUUACAUCCGCCGGGAUCUGUGGUACUGAUAACCACAUUCUGGAAGGGAAAAACAAAGUACCACUUCCUGCCAUCUUGGGCCAUGAAGGAGCUGGGAUUGUGGAGAGUGUCGGACAGGGCGUAACUACCUUAAAGCCAGGAGAUAAAGUCUUAAUGUUGCCUCUUCCGGAAUGUAGAGAAUGUGUCUAUUGCCUCCACCCUAAGGGCAACUUCUGUAAGAAGGAGAAUAUUCUCUCUCCAACCGGAUUAAUGUUGGAUGGAACCAGCAGAUUUACCUGUAGAGGGAAGAAAAUCUAUCAUCUUUACGGGACCAGCACAUUCACAGAAUAUACUGUGGCAGAUGAAAUUGCCCUGGCGAAGAUUGAUGAUGCCGCUCCUAUGGAUAAAGUCUGUGUCUUAGGCUGUGAGGUGCCGACAGGCUUUGGAGCUGUGUUUAACACAGCACAGGUCACCCCUGGCUCCACCUGUGUGGUGUUUGGACUCGGAGGGAUCGGCUCAGCCAUUGUCAUGGCCUGCAAAGCCUCUGGUGCUUCUAGAAUCAUCGGGGUUGACAUCAAUGAGCAGAAGUUUCCCCGGGCAAGAGCCUUGGGUGUCACUGAUUGUCUCAACCCUAACAAGCUCAAGAAACCCGUCCAGGAGGUGGUGAUGGAAAUGACUGGGAUUGGUGCUGAUUUUGCGUUCGAGGCCAUUGGCCUCAUUGAAACCAUGGUCGCAGCUUUGAAGUCAUGCGUUAUGAGCUACGGGGUGUGCGUGAUUAUAGGAGUAGCUCCCUCAGGGUCACAGCUCUCAUUUGACCCAGCGGAGCUUCUCCCCGGGAGAACCUUGAAGUCUUCUGUUAUGGGAGGGUAUAAAACCAGAGAUGGCAUCCCUAAACUAGUAACUGACUACUUACAAAAAAAAAUCAACACAGAUGUUCUUAUAACCCACAAGCUGCCUUUUGAAAAAGUCAAUGAAGCGUUCAAAUUGUUACGAGAGGGAAACUGCAUCCGCUGCGUCCUCACGUUCUAAGACCCUGACAAUGGCGGCCCAUUAGCAACCUCAGCAGGGCUCUGUGGUGCUUCUUUACCUCCUUGAAGAUUAAAUUGCAACCUAUGGAGACCAAAAUUGGAAAGACACACAUACACAAUUUUAACAAAUUAAACAAUCAAAUUAACUAUUUCAAAACUCAUGAAUUUUGAAUAAAUUCAGACUAAACAUCAAAGGAAAAGAA